UAGGCAAAUCCCAACCUGAUUAUGUGUAUUCGAUCCCUUCCUUUUCCUUGAAUGAGUAUGUUAGGAUAUCGUUUGUCAAAUCUUGAUGGUUUAACAUAUGUAGGACUCUUCCAAGAUAAAUUGUGAGUCCAUCAUCUACACCAACAUCCUCAAACCCAAAAAACAAUCAAUCCCAUCUCAACACCACUACUCUAUUACUCUCUCUAACUUCCUCUUUGUUUAAGUUUACAUUAAUCCCAGAAUCCAGAAUUUACAGAUCAUAAACACCUACAAAUUUCUGAUCUGACCACGUGCUUUCCUCAUCUAGGAUAAACCCUAAUUAAAUAUAAACACUUCGAUUCAACCAACAUAAUUCAUAUCUUCAUCAUCGAUGUCUUUUUUCAGAUCCCAAGCUUAACCCACCUACAAUUGUUGUCAGCUUACAUAUAUUCACCAAUCAAAUUUUACCCAUUUCCCCAAAACCCUCACUAUUUCCUUAAUUGCCCAGAUUAUUGCGCAUAAACCCUAAUUUUUGUUUUAAUUUCUGGGUUUUACGAUUUGAGUUACAAGGAUGAAGGAUAAGAAAUCAUCGAAAUUGACCCAUCAGCAUCAGAAUGGUCACGCAUCUCCUUUUAAAUUGGGCAAAUUGUUUGAUCCUGAUGUUUCCUGGGAUAAGGAUCAACUGGGGGAUGUUCUACAUUGGACUCGACAAAUCGUGGGCCUUGUGUGUGGUUUGAUUUGGGGUGCGAUCCCUUUGGUCGGAGGUGUAUGGCUCAUAUUGUUCUUGGCUCUUUCCACUGCCAUCGUGUAUGGGUAUUAUGCAUUGAUACUGAAGGUUGACGAGGAAGAAUAUGGUGGUCAUAGUGCUCUCCUCCAGGAAGGGCUUUUUGCAUCAAUGACUCUCUUUUUGCUUGCGUGGAUUCUAGUAUACAGCUUGGGACACUUUUGAUUGACUAGGUAACAAGAAUUAUUCUUGAUUGAUAUUGAGAGGAACUGGCGCCAAAUUUUCUGAUUUGCCCGGAACAGCUAGAUGAUUUCAUUAUUGCAGUUGUAUGAAGUAUUUGUUUAAAGUUUGUACUUUCUUAGUUUUAUGUGAAGCACAAACUCGUUAGCAUUUAAAUUGAUAGCAAAGUUCUUACUCGUCAUUUCAUGGAAGUAUUAAUAAUUUUGAUAACUUUGGCGUUCCUUCUUAAAGAGAUCCAAAAAAGACUACCCCUUUGCCUUGUUGAAAUAAAGAUCCGAUAUGCCUAUUGAA